AUGUCAGAUUUGUGCAACAUCCAAGGCCCAACAAUUCAUAACAUUCCAAACAGUAUGGAAAUGAGUCGAAUUGAAAGACAGAAUAUGAUGAGAAUGCGAAUCAACAGGAUAGCUCUUGUUCAAGAAAUUAAGGUGGAACACAUAAUACCAGUUUUAAAAGACGCAGGUGUCCUUUCAAAACAAGAUGAACAAAAGAUUAAUACAGGUUCAACAAUUCAAGAUAAAGCCAGACUUCUUAUUGAUAUUAUUCCAACCAAAACAAAAUGUGAUUGGUAUCAGUAUUUUGUAUAUGCUUUAUUAAACUCUCUGGGGGAUUCUGAAUCUCAUCAGCGAUAUCAAAUUCUUGUUGAUUUUCUUGCCAACACUUUUAUACCUCAACCUAACUCUACACCACUUAAAAUCAGUUUGACAGAUUCACAAGUUGGAGAUCUGAAGUUACCAAAAUAUGACAAACUGCCAGAUAUAGGAAAUACAGAAAAUUCAAACCAAAGGGAAGAUUCUGAUGAAGUAUCAAGGGAGGAAAUCAAGGAAGAAGCUGGUUCUGUGAAUAUUUUGGUAAUUGAUGGAACUGGAUUUAGAAUGAAUGAGAAUGGUGAGAUUGAAAUUGAAAGAAACAAUGAGUCUGAUGUUGAGAAUAAAUUAUUACAGAGCACCGGAUCUUAUAAAUUUGAUGACAAAAUUUCUACUGAUCAAACAAGUGUUGCUGAUCCACAGGCUUCAGAAACAGAUUCCAAUGAGCAAAAUAUGAUUAAACCAGAAAAUUGGGCUUCCAGAUUAGAAAUCCCUGACAGAUUACUGAAUGUUUUACAGACAGAAGGAGAUCAAGACUUAGUAGAACAGGAGAACAAAGUCCUGCUAAAAAUGCAGAAUUUAGAAAUGAUUUUAGCAUUGAAAGAAGAGUCAAAGCUUCCAGAAGAUUUCCAGAUUGCCACUUGUAAUGCUUUGGGCGCCAUAUUAACUGAACCAUUUUACUACCAUCAUUAUGUUAAAUAUUUUAAAAUUUUGAAAUCGUUACCAAGAGAUAUUGUAUAUUCCUAUCAUUCUAUGCUUCAAUCAAUUGGAACAUUUGAAAAAACUGAUGAAUGUAAUGAAAUCAUGAAAAGUGGAAUUCUGCUGUCAGAUUUCCUCAUGGAAUUGAGUUUAUUUUCUGAAGCAGAAAAAAUAAUUGUUAGCAUUUUGAAUUUUCUCAACACAAAUCAAGGUAUAGAUACAUGGAUGCUGAAAUACCAAGCAGCAGUCAAAUUGACCCAGAUCCAGAAUAAAGAUUACAACUUUCAAGGAGCAGAACAAGCUUAUUUCCUGGCUGUCCAGACGACCUGGCCUAUUCAGUUGAUGACUUUUGGUAAAGAUUUGAUAUCAGAAGGAGAUCUUUUAAUGGAACUCAGCCAUUACCAAUUGGAACAAGGUUCAAUAUCUACUGGGUUUGGUUGGGCCAAGAGAGCACUUCAGGAACUAUCAAGUACUAAUCAUAUUGGUAUUAUAAAUGGAUUAUGUAAUGGUGUAAUGGCUUACAGUAGUAAAUUACAGAUAAUGAAAGCUAGAGAUAUUGCAGUACAAGCUGUUUUACUGGCAAAGAGUUAUUUUGGAAGAAACCAUCCUAUGUAUUUAAAAGCUUUGUUGUAUUUAUGUCAUUUUACCAGUGAAUAUGUUCAUGAAGAAGUCACUAUACACAUAGCUGAGAUGACAUUACAACUGGCCUGGAAGUUAUAUGGUUGUGAAUGUUUACAAGUAGCUCUAGCUCAUCGUGCUCUAUCUAAAGCUCUGAUGUUAUUACAUAGAUUUGAUAAUGAUGAUUAUUAUGAACAUGCUAUGGAAGGAAUUAGAAUAGCUCGGAUUGUCUUUGGUAAUCAGCAUUCAAUCCUUCAUCUUUUUCUACAUACCUUUGUAGGAUUUGAAGGUUGUACGAUGCAUUUUUCUUUGACAGCAUCUGCCUUACAAUGGAAAGCUAUGAAUAGUGUUGAAGAAGUGAAAGAUUCCACCUUGCUGUGGGCUGAAACUGAAGCUAAACAUGCUUUAUCAAUAGCAAAAUCUUGUUAUGGAGAAAUAUCACUAAGAACAGCUCAGAUGCAUACCUUAUUAGGACAUAUUUACUCUUCAAUGAAAAGUCAUCCAGAUCCUAGUGUCAAAUUACCAGUAGAUGCUGAAACCAAUCUAAAGAAAUCUGUGAGUGAUAUGAAAUUAUGUCAGUCACCUAAAAGUCAGUUUUAUUUACUGUCUGUUGCCACAUUAGGUAUAUACUACACAGUAGAAAAUAGACCACAAGAAGCUCUACGAUAUUUACAUGAAGUUAUUGACAAUGUUGAUUCCAAUGGGAUUUAUAUUUGGUGGAUUCAUGCCUGUUAUCAACAUCUGAUUGACUCUUAUAACCAGCUUAAUUAUAACACUGCAGCCCAAGAGAUAAUAACAGAUAAGAUGAAUCAAUGGCUGGACAAUCAUACCAAACAAGAAGGGCUGAUAACUCUCACUGACUUAGAAGAUCAGGCUAUGCCUUUUGAUGAGUUUUUACAAAAAAUUGACAGUUGGGGCUCAAAAGUGAAAAAGGUCAUGGUUCAAAAUGAUGAAACAAAUGGACAGUUAAACUGA